GUUUCUACCACAGAAAAUGCAUCUCCUGCUGAAGAUGAUUUUGAGCAGUGCAAUAAUACUGUCAAGAAGUGGGCAUCUUCUUCCCUUGAUGUAGAAGUAAAAGAAGACAAACAUAUACUGGGGGACUUACUGUUUUUCCUUCAUGUUCCAAGAACUGGAGGGCGGACAUACUUCCAUUGUUUUCUGAAAAAGCUGUACAGUAGCUCUUUGGAAUGCCCGCGUUCUUAUGAUAAGUUACGGUUUGAUCCAAGCAAAUCUAAUUGCCGGUUAUUGGUCACUCAUGAUGAUUAUAGCAUGAUGUCCAAGCUUCCUCGGGAGAAAACUUCAGUGGUGACAAUACUUAGGAACCCAGUUGACCGUGUCUUUAGUACUUAUGAAUUUUCAGUAGAGGUAGCAGCUAGGUUUUUGGUGCAUCCUAACUUAACAUCUGCCACCAGAAUGGCUGGACGGUUACGUUCAAAGACAAAAGCAGUAAGCACACUGGAUAUUUGGCCAUGGAAGUAUUUGGUUCCCUGGAUGAGAGAGGACCUGUUUGCUCGGAGGGAUGCCAGAAAACGUCAGGGUCAGGGUCCAACUUAUAUUAAAAGCAAUGAUUCAUAUGAUGUGGAGGGCAUUGUAAUGCCAUUGCAUGAGUAUAUUAAUGAUCCCAUAGCUCGGGACAUUAUUCACAAUGGAGCCACAUUCCAGGUUGCAGGACUUACAAACAACUCUUGUCUAGCAGAAUCACAUGAAGUGCGCCGUUGCGUGCUGAAACAUCAGAUUCUCGGUGAAUAUGUGCUUGAAGUUGCUAAGAAGAGGUUGGAUGGUAUGUUAUAUGUUGGACUCACGGAAAACCACAGAGAAUCAGCCACAAUGUUUGCAAAUGUGGUUGGUGCACAAGUGAUUUCACAAUUCACAGCAUUGGGCUCUAGUACAAAGUUUGUGGCUGAUAACAAUUCUGAACAGCACUCUUCAUUUCCAGAUGGCGAGGAGUCUGAGAUCAGUGAUCAUCAGAAUAGCAGCACUUACCAACAGCCAAGGAAAAUUUUAUCUGCUGAAAAUGUUGAAGCAAAAAAGGAAAAUAUGACAGCAGGAAAACUUAUGGAAGCUUAUGAGACCUGUAUUUCAAGCUUACGAAAGACCCAAGCACUACGUCGCACAGCUUCUCUAAAGCGAAUUUCCCCAGCAAACUUUACGAAGGAGGCACGUCGGCAGGUUCCUGAGAGGCUUCUCCAGGAGAUUACAUCGCUCAACAGCCUUGAUGUGGAGCUCUAUAAGUAUGCUCAGGACAUAUUUGCAAAGCAACAUAGGCAUAUGUUGCAGAAGUUGGCUGGUGCAGUGAGGCAGGAGAACAUGUUCAACAAUGCAUAUGGGGCAUUUUCUUGGGAAGUCCUUUCUUUCGCCAUUUCCAUUGUGUUUCUGCUUCUUUUCAUUUUUCUAUUUAUAAACGCAAGGAGAAGAACAUCGAAACUUAAAAUAUGAGUGUUAUUAUUAAUGGCAGAUGUUCAUGCCUACUUGUGUUGAAAGCCAAACACAGGCAAUUUUGUAAACAUAUGCAAUCAUUAUAAGGUGGAAAGCAC